AUGGUGCCCCCUCUUCUCAUUACAAAAUUAUUUGUGCCCUUCACAAACUAUCUGCUGCAACAUAAACACAAUGCUUUUCUUUUUAUGUUCAACACAUUCACCUCUGGCAGGAACAGCCACAACGGUGACACCUUUGCCGUGUCUUACCUCAUCAACUUAUGUGGGUUGUCCCUGGAAUUGGCCAGGCAACUCUCCAAAAGGGUGAAUUUGAAAACCCCAGAUGGUCCAAAUGCUGUUAUUGACACUCUCAAGAACUACGGAUUCUCCAAAACUCAGGUUGCAAAACUUGUGGAGAAGAAUCCCAAGGUGCUUACUUUACAGGUGAAGAAGACCCUCUUGCCUAAACUCAAGUUCUUGCACUCUAUUGGAGUUUCCAACACUCUCAUGCCUAAGAUCACGCUUGCAAACCCCUUUAUCUUGAGGAGGAGCCUGGGAAAAUGCCUAGUGCCUCGAUACGAGAUUAUCAGGCGUAUUGUUAGUGAUGAUUGGAAAGUUGUUAAAGUUUUGAACAAGGCCCCAUAUUGUUUAACAUACUGUGACCUAAGGAAUAACUUGGUUCCAAACAUUAAGUUUUUGAGGCAGUCUGGUGUGCCUCAGGGUUCAAUCCCUCUGAUGAUGAGCAACUUCCCCUCUGCAGCAAUGGGGAAGCAUUCCAAAUUUUUGGAAGUAGUCAAGAGAGUUGAGAAAUUUGGGUUUGAUCCUAAGAAAACAGCUUUUGUCACAGCUAUCCAAGUGCUUAUAAUGAUGCGUAAAGAGGUAUGGGAAUCGAGAUUUGAGAGUUAUGCGAUGUGGGGCUGGAACAGGGAAAUGGUUCGUCAAGCGUUUCUGAAGUUUCCCAGUUUUAUGAAUAUGACUGAGGAGACAGCUACGAAGAAAAUGACUUUCCUAGUGAAGGAUAUGGGUUUGUCCUCAGUAGAUAUUGCUGUCUAUCCUCAUCUUAUAUCCUACAGCUUAGAGAAGAGGAUUAUCCCUAGAUUGUCAGUAAUUAAAAUCUUGAAAUCAAAAGGUUUGAUUAAGAGUAAUUUCAGUUUUGGUUCCUAUAUGGGCAUUACGGAGGAAAUAUUUUUGAAGAAAUUUGUCAUUAGAUUCCAGGAAGAUUUGCCUCUCUUACUAGAUGUCUACAAAGGUAUGAUUCAGCAUGAGGAUGUUAUGUAG